UGUGUAUUAAGUCUUAGGUAGCAUAGACAGAGAAAGUAAUCCUGCUCACUCCGUCUCUGCAAAAAAUAAAAUGGCAUGAUGCAUGACAAUUUUAAUCUAUAAUCUAUGCUCCAAAGUUAUUGAUGAAAGUGAGAAGCGAAAUAUUUUCAGUUUAAUUUUAUUUUUCUUUGUUUUAACUUUAUAAUGAUUGAAGGAAAGGCAAAUGAACUACCCGACUUCCAAGUGUUUCAAACAGUGAUCAAAUAUUGUUUGUUCAUAAUAAUUGUACCGGUAUUAUCUUUCUUCGUUGUGAAGAUUCUGAUUUUUGAUAGCAUAUUAAAAUUGGAAGCUGUUACGAGCAGUGUUUAUUCGGCAGUGGUGGCGGUUGUGGUGCUGCAUGUAACUCUAGGUCUCUACAUCUAUAGAGCUUAUAGCGAGAGCGAGAAAGCGCCCACUAAGCCUGUUAAGAAGGACUAA